AUGCGAGUUUCGGCCAGUUCUUCGUUUCUCAUUGCCACGCUAGCUAUUUCUACGUCUUCGCCUUGCCUCGGCGCCCCGACUGUUGAUCAGCGAGGGGAUCGACUUUCGAGCUUCAAUAGUGUUCGCGAUCUUUUGGCUUCGAGGCCCAUCAACGGGGAAGUCACUGCGACCGGCCCACCCAAGGGACACGCUCAUGUAAAAGACGGACGAUCAUUCGAUGCACGGGAACUUCAACGUCGAGGGCUCUUGAAAAGUUUAUUGGGUGGCUUACCUUUGAUCGGACCUCUGGUUGCGGGUGUUGAUGAUACGCUAUGCGGCAGCGCCUCUGGGCAAGCCUUUGGAGCAGAAUCCGUCGACUCUGGCCCAACUGAGGAACAAAUGGUCCAAAUGAUGGAGGCAGCAUACACACUGUCUAGCGUUUUUGCUUCAGCGACGAAAGCUACACCGCUUCCUCUAGCGACCAGCACUGCGAACACCAGCUCUACAGUGACUUCGACGCCCACUUCUACGGGGACCGAAACGUCUACAGGAACUGGGACAACAGAAACUGGGUCUUCGGAGAACGCUAUGGCUACGCCUAUGUCCGCCGAGUCCGACUCGGGUUCGAGGAUACUUGUUGCGCCUGACUCGGACCCAUCGUCUUCUACUACAACGUUGACUUCUACUGUGGCGACUGAAACUGCUACCGAUAGUUCUAUGUCAACAUCCACGGAUACGACUCCUACAUCUACAGUAGUCGCGGAAGGCAUGUUACCAACGCCAACGCCCGCCCCGCUCCCUAACACCCCUUCUGAUCCUUCCAAGCCUACCGAUACUCCUUCCGGUCUUCCCAUGGAUUCUAUUGCACCGCCUGUUGAUACGCCGAACCCGCCCUCGAGUCUACCAAUUGAUUCUCCCAAUCCUCAACCCGAACUUCCUGUGUCACCACCAGCUAGACCUCAAACGCCUAAUCUCCCAGUCCAGCCAGAGGCACCUAAAACACCAGUGGGUGUCCCGGUCCAAGCACCUAUCAAGGCCGUUGGAUAA